AUGCAGGACAACAGUAGGAUCCAAUUCCUGCGAUACUCCUUCGGCCAUUUAAUCCGGCACGUGAUCAACGACGACGAGAGUGUGGGCAUUGUUAAGUUUAACGGGUCUUGUGAAGUUCUGCAGCACCUCACACGAUUGAGCAGCAGUGGCGCACGGAGGAAGCUUGCUGACGAAGUGGAACGCCUUGACCUCAGUCCUUACACUUCUAUCGGCUGCGGUCUUCGAUUGGGCAUAAAGGAGCUGGAGUCCACCGGCACGCUCGCCAGUGGCGGCACGAUCAUCCUUAUAUCAGAUGGAGAAGAGAAUCAAGGACCAUUUAUCGCCGAUCAGCUCCCACGGCUAGUAGCUAAAGGUGUCACCGUUCACACCUUUGCUCUUGGCUCACAAGCAGAGGAGAAGUUGCAAGACCUUGCGCUCCAAACAGGAGGGACAGCAUACGCCUUUGGAGACCUUCAGAAGAACAGCAUCUCUUCGAUGGGGAUCUCCUUCGUCUUGUCCACCACGACACACCUCGAGGACAGCCAGAAACCGGUCUUUCUGGUGGAGACUACCGUGGACUUAGACUCCAAAACGUCGGUACAAAAAAUCCCCUUCGCGAUCCCUAAAGAGCUUGGCAAGGACACUUAUGUGACGGCUUCAAUCACCGAAGAAAAGCCAUUCAAAGUUUAUCUUCUGGGUCCGACGGGAGUGAAAUGCAUCAGCGAAUGUACUACAGAGACUUUGGGACCUCUAAUGGUUCAAGUGAAGCUUCCUGAAACAACGAAGACAGAAACAUGGACGGUAGUACUGGAGAAAAAACGUGGGCCCGUUAACGUGAGCGUCGUGGUGAUGACAAAGCAGCGAGGUCACGAGGACGCCAUAAGGGCCGAGAGCUGCAUUCGACACGUCCAAAGCACCAACAUGAUUGUGAUAUACAGCAGAGUCACCAAGGGUGGCUUCCGAGUACUGAAUGCCACCGUCACGGCCACCGUCACCCUGCCCGGAAAGGAUGAAACGGUAUUUCUGCCUUUACGGGACGACGGCAAAGGCGCGGAUGUGAAAGCAGACGACGGCGAGUACGCAUCCUACUUCACCCGCUACCAAAAAAAAGGAAGGUACAGCGUUAGAACCGACGUGACGGUGGACACAAGCGCUGUACUGGGACCCGCGAGGCCGGGGACGAAUGCACCACCCCCUCCUGGGAUACUGCGUGCUGCGAGAUUGAGAAGGGGGCCCGGAAAGAUGUGCGCAGCGUCAAACUCAUCUCCAGAAUGCAAGAAAAAAAGCUUGGGCAAGUUAGCGGAAAAGAGGCUCCCGUUUCGUCCUCGCUUGAAGGGGAGCAUGCGCAGAGGUCAUCGAUAUGAUAAAGCACCGCUGGUGGACUCGGUGACAAGACUGAUAGCCUAUGCCGGUGCCUUCCAACUGAAGAAAGCCGCCAACGCCAGAGACCUGGCCCCUGACCGUGUUCGGGACUUGGCAGUUAAGAACGUCACACGGAGCUCUGGCAAUCUUGCCGUAACGCUGUCAUGGACCUCUACUGGAGCUAACUUAGACACCGGCAGAGCGAAAUCUCUGGACCUGAGGUCGAGCUUAAAAUCAAGGGACCUCGUUUACAAGUUUAAGGGAGCAACGAAGAUAACAAACGACGACGUUCUGGAAGGCGACUUGACCCCUAAAGACCCUUUCAGUCUCCACACAGUCAAGGUCCGGCUUCCCGAAGUACUGGUCUCGGCGUCCCAGGACAAGCCCGGCAGCAUCUUCCUGGGACUACGUACAAAGAACAAGCGAGGAAAGCAGUCUCAGGUCUCUAAUAUUGCUCCCGUGGUCUGGCUGGCUGCAGUGAAAACGACUACAGUGAAAACGACUACAGUGAAAACGACUCGACCCCCGACGGCACCUCAUAGGACCUCUACGCCCAUGACAUACAAGCCCGAUCCCUACACGCCCACGACCUACACCCCCGAGCCUUAUGCCCAGCCAGACAAAGGAUGGUCCCUCGCCACAAUCAUGGCAGUCCUCUUGGGCUUGCUCUUCCUCGUGACCGUUGUCAUCAUCGGCUACUAUACUCUCAAGCGGUCAAGCGACGACAAACGUGGCAAUGAAGAGCGUUUGGCCGGCUACGGUGACACUACAAUGGGGGACACUAGUUCUUAUGACACUACUUCGGGUUCCUGA